AUGACAACGACACCUGAGAUGGCGGAGCGGGAGCGAGUGGAACAAGAACAGCAACAGCGUCCCACGUCAGCUGAUGCCGCUAUGGGACAUCCAGUUCCAAUUCCCCCGGUGGCAACACCACAAACAAACAAGAACCAUGCCAGUAAUGCCACACGGCCUGCCCCCAUUCCGAAUAAGCGCUAUUCAAGUUGUCGAGUUCCAGUAAUUCCACUUGCGAACCUGAAGAGGGGAGGCAGUGGUACUGGCAGUGAUAGCAAGAUCCAACGACUUGAACUCGGCGAGCUCGACCGUGGACUCGAGGGACCUGGAUCACUGGCACCACCAUCACCUUCUCCUCCUCAUCCACCGCCACCAGCAGCAGCAACAGCUGCGACACCUUCACCGCCAAUCCCAAACCAUAACAAAGGCACCAAAGCCACAGAAGACCAGGGCCAGGCUGCCGCUCCCGAACAUGACGCGUGGUCGCUCGAUAGUUGGGACCCGAAUUAUCGUGAGAAGGAAUAUACCGUGUCAUGCGGUCGAUGUGUGGUCAUGUGA